AUACUGGAAGGAAGGACAGGUAGUGGUUUGCCAUUAGCAGAAACAACAAAUUGUUGACAGGAAGCCUUUUGACCAAAACAACACUCAGCAUACUUUUGGCAAAUUAGCAAGGAAACUAUCCGUCUGAAAGAGCUGAUUUUGCCCUGUUCUGUUCCCUUAUCCUAUGCUCCAGGCCCUGUGCCCAGUAGGAUUUAGCUAUGCAAGGUGUUUUCCAAGGGCCAGCAGCCAUGGACAUUGCCUGGAAGCGUGUUAGACAUGGAGAAUCUCAGAACCCACCCCAGACCAACUGAUUCAGAAACUUAUUUUAACAAGAUUCCCAUCUUAUUGACAUCCACAAGGUUAUUAUCCCUAUUUUGCAAAUGGGGAAAUUUAGAAGAGAGAAUGAAGAAGAAGCAAGAUGCCCAAGACAACACUAAUGGUGUGCAGUGGAGGAACCAGGAUCUGAAUAUACGCCUCUCUGAAGGCAGAGCUCACACUCCACCACUCUUUGCCGCCCACACGGAUUCAGUGUAUUCAUCCCCUCUCCUCUGCAGGAGUAUUGCACAAGGUCAGACUUCAUCUAGUGGAGUGGCAGAGUUCGUAUAUGUCUGGCCCUCUGUGUCCUGGCCAACAAUUAAGUUCAGAGGCAAAAAGGAAACAGCAACUGACAUUUCCAGGCGUCUGGGCCGAGUGAUGGGGUCAGAAUUGUAAACUUGCGCAAUAUCCUGGUCCCAAGAAAGACCUACACUUGCUACUUCAUCCUUCGCUCCAUCUUGGUCCUCCCAACUGGCGAGAGGACAGCCUAGACCAGACUUCCCACAACCAAGAUGGCGGCCGUGCACUCCUUGCCCACAGCUGACCUUUUCUCCACCUUCGGUCUCCAUGGUAACGCGGCUGGCUCCCUCGGCGCCGGCUUAGGCCUUGCAUGUAGGGAAAUGGUGAGUCUUUCCCGCCCCCUUAUUUUUGCGACAGUUGCAGCGAAAGUCACGGCAGUUGGGGCUGGUGUCAGCUGAUUUACCGCAGUGGCGGCGGCGGCGGCGGCGGCGGCGGCACCGGCACCUUGUAGUCUCAGUGGGGAGACGGCGGCUGGAUAGCGCUUGCCGCCCCACAGGUUAUCCCAGCAGGAUCUGCGCACCCCGCAUCCUCUGUAGUUCCGCCCUAUCCUUGUCCUCCUUGGCUGGGGCGCCCACCGGCGGUCUGAUAGGCUACAUCGCGGCAUGAGAUGAAGCUGUGACAGGUUUGAAAACACGAACACAAUGGCAGGAAACAGCCUUGUUCUACCCAUUGUUCUUUGGGGUCGAAAAGCGCCCACACAUUGCAUCUCAGCGGUACUUUUAACAGAUGAUGGGGCCACAAUCGUAACAGGAUGCCAUGACGGACAAAUAUGUCUCUGGGAUCUUUCAGUAGAACUGGAAAUUAAUCCUCGAGCACUGUUGUUUGGUCAUACAGCAUCAAUCACUUGUUUGUCUAAAGCUUGUGCUUCCAGUGACAAACAGUAUAUUGUGAGUGCAUCUGAAAGUGGAGAGAUGUGCCUCUGGGAUGUGAGUGAUGGCAGAUGUAUUGAAUUUACAAAAUUAGCUUGCACACAUACUGGCAUACAGUUCUACCAGUUCUCUGUUGGGAAUCAGCGAGAAGGAAGGCUUUUAUGCCACGGACAUUACCCUGAAAUCCUUGUUGUGGAUGCUACCAGCCUUGAAGUAUUAUACUCCUUAGUAUCAAAGAUAUCACCAGACUGGAUUAGCUCCAUGAGUAUUAUUCGAUCCCACCGAACACAAGAGGACACGGUGGUAGCACUCUCGGUGACUGGCAUCCUGAAGGUCUGGAUCGUUACGUCGGAAAUAAGUGACAUGCAGGAUACUGAGCCAAUAUUUGAGGAGGAAUCCAAACCAAUUUAUUGUCAGAAUUGCCAAAGCAUCUCUUUUUGUGCAUUUACACAAAGGUCACUUUUGGUUGUGUGUUCCAAAUAUUGGAGGGUGUUCGAUGCCGGAGACUAUUCCUUGUUGUGUUCAGGUCCUAGUGAAAAUGGACAGACAUGGACCGGCGGGGACUUUGUCUCAGCAGAUAAAGUCAUCAUUUGGACAGAAAAUGGGCAAAGUUAUAUUUACAAACUACCUGCCAGUUGCCUUCCAGCUAGUGAUUCAUUCCGCAGUGAUGUGGGGAAAGCAGUUGAAAAUUUAAUUCCUCCUGUACAACAUAGCCUCUUGGAUCGAAAAGAUAAAGAGUUGCUAAUUUGUCCUCCUGUUACUCGGUUCUUCUAUGGAUGCAGAGAAUAUUUCCAUAAACUAUUAAUUCAGGGUGAUUCUUCUGGAAGGUUGAAUAUUUGGAACAUAUCAGACACAGCUGAUAAACAGGAAAGUGAAGAAGGGCUGGCAAUGACAACUUCUAUUAGUUUGCAAGAGGCAUUUGAUAAACUGAAUCCUUGUCCUGCUGGAAUUAUAGAUCAGCUGAGUGUGAUUCCCAAUAGUAAUGAACCUCUUAAAGUAACUGCAAGUGUGUACAUACCAGCACAUGGACGACUUGUUUGUGGUCGUGAAGAUGGAAGCAUAGUUAUUGUACCUGCCACACAGACGGCCAUAGUACAGCUGUUGCAAGGGGAACACAUGCUCAGAAGAGGUUGGCCACCUCACAGAACACUCCGUGGUCAUCGGAACAAAGUCACAUGUUUGCUAUAUCCUCAUCAGGUCUCAGCUCGGUAUGAUCAAAGAUACCUGAUAUCUGGAGGUGUGGAUUUUUCAGUCAUAAUUUGGGACAUAUUUUCUGGAGAAAUGAAACAUAUCUUCUGUGUUCAUGGUGGUGAGAUUACUCAACUUCUAGUUCCACCUGAAAACUGUAGUGCAAGAGUACAGCACUGCAUCUGCUCUGUAGCCAGUGACCACUCAGUAGGACUUCUAAGUUUGCGAGAGAAAAAAUGCAUAAUGUUGGCAUCUCGUCACCUUUUUCCUAUUCAAGUAAUCAAAUGGAGGCCUUCUGAUGAUUACCUGGUGGUGGGGUGUUCAGAUGGUUCUGUGUACGUCUGGCAAAUGGAUACUGGUGCGUUGGAUCGUUGUGUGAUGGGGAUAACAGCAGUUGAGAUUCUAAACGCUUGUGAUGAAGCUGUUCCUGCUGCUGUUGAUUCACUUAGUCACCCAGCAGUCAACCUAAAACAAGCUAUGACGAGACGUAGUCUUGCUGCUCUUAAAAAUAUGGCCCAUCAUAAGCUACAAACCCUUGCAACUAACCUCUUGGCUUCUGAGGCAUCUGACAAGGGAAAUUUACCUAAAUAUUCUCAUAACUCCCUGAUGGUUCAAGCAAUAAAGACAAACCUAACAGACCCGGACAUACAUGUGCUAUUCUUUGAUGUGGAAGCGUUGAUUAUUCAACUCCUGACUGAAGAAGCCUCUAGGCCGAAUACUGCUCUUAUUUCCCCAGAGAAUUUGCAAAAAGCAUCUGGCAGUUCAGACAAAGGGGGCUCUUUUUUAACUGGAAAACGAGCAGCAGUUCUCUUCCAACAAGUGAAAGAAACGAUCAAAGAGAACAUCAAGGAACACCUCCUUGAUGAUGAAGAGGAGGAUGAGGAGAUAAUGAGGCAGAGAAGGGAAGAAAGUGAUCCUGAAUAUCGGUCCAGCAAAUCAAAGCCAUUGACCCUAUUAGAAUAUAAUUUAACUAUGGACACUGCAAAGCUGUUUAUGUCCUGCCUUCACGCCUGGGGUUUGAAUGAAGUACUGGAUGAAGUUUGCCUGGAUCGCCUUGGAAUGCUGAAACCCCACUGCACAGUAUCGUUUGGCCUCUUGUCAAGAGGAGGCCAUAUGUCACUGAUGCUGCCGGGUUAUAAUCAGCCUGCUUGUAAACUGUCACACGGGAAAACAGAAGUAGGAAGGAAGCUGCCAGCGACUGAGGGAAUAGGAAAGGGAACUUAUGGAGUGUCCCGUGCCGUCACCACACAGCAUCUCCUGUCUAUCAUUUCUUUGGCAAAUACUUUAAUGAGUAUGACCAAUGCAACUUUUAUUGGUGAUCAUAUGAAGAAGGGUCCUACCAGGCCACCUAGACCAAGCACGCCAGACCUUUCUAAGGCAAGGGGUUCCCCUCCAACUUCCAGUAAUAUUGUGCAAGGACAGAUUAAACAAGUUGCUGCACCUGUCGUUUCCGCUCGGUCUGAUGCUGAUCACUCUGGCUCUGACCCUGCUUCUGCUCCUGCUUUACAUACCUGUUUCUUAGUAAAUGAAGGUUGGAGUCAGUUAGCUGCUAUGCACUGUGUUAUGCUGCCAGACCUACUGGGAUUGGAUAAAUUUAGGCCUCCCCUUCUGGAGAUGCUGGCCCGAAGAUGGCAAGAUCGAUGCUUGGAGGUGAGAGAAGCCGCGCAGGCCCUGCUUCUGGCGGAACUGAGAAGAAUUGAGCAGGCAGGCAGGAAGGAAGCCAUCGAUGCCUGGGCUCCUUACUUACCUCAGUACAUAGACCACGUCAUAUCACCUGGAGUCACAUCAGAAGCCAUGCAGACUAUCACCACGGCUCCUGAUGCCUCAGGGCCUGAAGCAAAAGUCCAGGAGGAAGAGCAUGACCUUGUUGAUGAUGACAUCACCACUGGUUGCUUAUCAAGUGUCCCACAAAUGAAAAAAAUUUCUACAUCUUAUGAGGAAAGACGGAAGCAAGCUACUGCUAUUGUUUUGCUUGGAGUAAUAGGAGCUGAAUUUGGUGCUGAAAUUGAACCUCCUAAACUAUUGACCAGACCUCGAAGCUCUAGCCAAAUUCCUGAGGGAUUCGGGUUGACUAGUGGUGGAUCCAACUACUCGCUGGCCAGACAUACUUGCAAGGCACUGACAUUUCUUCUGCUGCAGCCUCCAAGCCCCAAACUUCCUCCACACAGCACUAUCCGAAGAACAGCCAUUGAUUUGAUUGGACGCGGGUUCACUGUUUGGGAGCCUUACAUGGAUGUGUCCGCUGUUCUGAUGGGGCUUCUCGAACUUUGUGCCGAUGCCGAGAAACAACUUGCCAACAUCACAAUGGGGUUGCCUCUGAGCCCAGCAGCUGACUCGGCCCGCUCUGCGAGGCAUGCCCUCUCGCUCAUUGCCACCGCCAGACCACCCGCCUUCAUCACCACCAUAGCCAAAGAGGUACACAGACAUACGGCUCUUGCAGCAAAUACCCAAUCACAGCAGAAUAUGCACACAACAACUCUCGCACGCGCUAAAGGGGAAAUUCUGAGAGUCAUUGAAAUUCUUAUUGAAAAGAUGCCCACGGAUGUUGUGGAUCUUCUUGUGGAGGUUAUGGACAUCAUUAUGUACUGCCUUGAAGGAUCUUUAGUUAAAAAGAAAGGUCUUCAAGAAUGUUUCCCAGCCAUCUGCAGGUUCUACAUGGUCAGCUAUUAUGAGCGGAAUCACAGAAUCGCAGUUGGAGCUCGCCAUGGUUCAGUGGCCCUGUACGACAUCCGGACUGGAAAAUGUCAGACAAUCCAUGGACACAAGGGACCAAUCACUGCAGUGGCUUUUGCUCCUGAUGGAAGAUAUCUUGCCACCUACUCAAACACUGACAGCCACAUUUCUUUUUGGCAGAUGAACACAUCACUGCUGGGAAGCAUUGGCAUGCUGAACUCCGCACCUCAGCUGCGCUGCAUUAAAACCUACCAGGUGCCCCCUGUGCAGCCAGCGUCCCCCGGCUCCCACAAUGCCCUCAAGCUGGCCCGGCUCAUCUGGACUUCCAACCGCAACGUCAUCCUCAUGGCCCAUGACGGGAAGGAGCACCGCUUCAUGGUCUAACGCUGCUGCCUGCUGCCGUGACUGUGUUUUAGUUCUCUAAAUUAUCCAAGCCGAUGUUCCUCUGUCCUUCCUCACGCCAGAUUGUUCCCAGGGGCCUGCCCACCCCAGUGCCGUCCAGGGGCACGGCCGGGUCUUGUCACUUGCGCAUGCUUCUCGGGGGCAGAACCCGCUCGUGCCAUCUAUUGAUUCAGAGGCACGCACACAUGCUCUGCAGGAUGUGGCCAUCCUGUCACCAGGUAGUUUUUCCCUGCCAGAGAUGGGAGGGGAAAGCCAGCGGUUCCUGGGAACGCUCUUGUUGCUUGGUGCAACAGAAGCACAAAAAUCAAUAAACACUGUGAUUGCACUCCCAGCCCAGAUCAGCAUUUUUAGCCAUCUCAACCCCACCUCCGAAGUGCUGCUUGAAUCUGGCCGUUCUGACACUGGGUGUUGAGGUCAUGUGGCAGUCCUCAUGAAUGAAAUUAUUGCCCUUUGAAUUUCCUAAAAUAUUGUUUACCAAAAAGAUUCUGUGUUUACAUGUUCUUUUCUUCUGGUGAUUGCUAGGAAAUUACUCAAUCCGAUUUCCUAGGGUUUAGCUACCACCUUCUUUAUCAACAGCUAACCAAUUUGAGAUUCAUGAUUAAUUAUGUACACAAAAAUAUUUUCCUUGUAGAAAAUAGUUUUCCAGACACUUAGCCUUCUGAAGUGCUCAUCUCUUGCUUAAAUGAUAGUAUAUUUAGUAGUUUAAAAUAAAAAUAAUCACUCCCUAUGAUCUAGUUAAUGUAAUUAUCCAGUUACUGUAACUAAUCUCUUGAAGGGACUUUUGUGAUAAAGAGCCAAGUUCAGAAGCAUAGCGUGUACCGAAAAUGAAGACUCUCCUAUCUACUGCUACAGAUCUUGUUGAAGAAAGAGCUUACCCCUUUCACCCGGAAACCUUGCAAUCCUAUAGUUCCCAUAUGUGUGGCAUAUGUCAGUUAUGAAAUUAUUAUAAUUCAGCCUUCAAACUACUACUGAUCAACUAAAGGAAAGCUAAUAAGGUAUUUCUUUUAAACAAGUAUUCUGGAAAAGUAAUAACUAUGGCACAAAUGUUCAGGAGUGUAUAUAAAAAUGUGUGGGCUCUCGAUUUAUUUGAGCAAACAUUGCAAUGAGGGUGUUCAUUAUGCUUCUAAGUAAGCUUUAACUAGAUCACUUUCUUAUGUCAGAUUGUGCUGGUUCUAGCUCAUAAUAAUGAAAAAAUAGAAUAAUAUUUUGUAUGAAUUGUUUCUAACAAACCUUGAUCUGUAUAUACUUGUGAGGGGUUGUUUGGUUGCCUAAUUGUUGAUUGGUUGGUUAGUUGGGCAAAAUCAUUUAUUACAUGCAAAAAUAGAAAAUUAUUUGUUAAAUUCAGAGAAAAUAUAUGAAGUUUACAAAGGAACCAAAAUGAUAAUGGGAGAAUUUAGUCUUAAAAGUUUAGGUUGUCAGAGUUUAUCUAAUAUACAAAAAAAGUGGGAUCAAGGUCUAGGAACAAACAUUGGUUAUUUCACUGAAACAGAUUUUUAAAGAACAUAUUAAGAAAUUAAGACCAUUAGAUCGUCUCUUUCAUAUUGAUAUGAUGUUAUUUCCAUUGACGGCAAAUCUAUCCUGUUCCUUGGUUUUAGAGUUGGGUAUUCUUUCAAAAGUGAAUUUAGGCACAUGCAUGUAUGUUGUAUUUAUAAAGAUUAUAUAUGUAGUUUCCAAGGAAGAAACAAAGACCUAUACAGUGUAGACUUUAUUUGUUUGGUGAACGUGCUGUUGUGUUUGGCAUAGCUAGAGAAAUGUAAGGUAAACUAAAAGGCUCACUUUGUUUUCCAGUGGGUCCAGAGUCUUCUCUAUACCCAACAUAUGUUUACUUUAUGAACUUAAAUGGAAAUUAAUUUAUUGUAGACUACAUCUCUAUUUGGAAUGAUGAGGUAAAUGUAUACCUUAGCAUUUUCUUUAACAAAAAUGUUCUGUGUAUCAGGAAAGAGGUGUGAGAGCGGUAGGCAGCCUGCCGCAAACACACGGAUGGCUCCCACCGCCACGAAGGUUGAGAACAAAGCCAGGGGGCCCAGAGGAGCAACAGCCCUGGGCCACAAGCGUGGGUCGGCCUUUCACGUGUUCUGUCUGCACAGGCAACCAAGGCCAGUAGAGAGCUAUGGCUGCAAAACCCUGGGGUGGAUGAUGUUUGAUGAUUAGAUGGUCAUCUCUAACUACUAAACUAAUAUCUGCAUUCUUGUUAACAUAAAUCUCUCCUUGGCUAUUUUAAUAGCCACAGUCCCAAACUUCAUCCCAGCUUAGAUUUCUCAGCACUGAGGUAAACUCUGCAUUGUCAUCCCAGCGUACACCUUUAAUGUUUUAUUGAUUUCAUUGGCACUGUAUUUGGACCUGUCCUUGUAUAUGUAGAGACAUAUGUGGCUUCAUUGGUAAUUUACAAGCAAAAGAUGACAUGACGUGACACCUGUAUGAAAAUGUAAUGAUUGAACUCCCUGUGUACAGUGAGUGAAUUAAAAUGUCUGCCUCUCAGACAUUUCUUAAUGAUUCCACUUAAUAGACUCUAUGUGUGCUGAAUGUUCCUGUGUACAUGUGUGUUAAAUAAAACAAUUGUAUUGAAAA